AUGGCUGCGCCGCUGCGCAACGCAACACGAUCUGCCGGUAGCCCAUCGACGCUCCGGGCCUUGACAAGUCUGACCACAUCUGCCUCCUCCCCCCUCGCACGACUCACAACAGUCAACUUGCCGCCCGCGCCGCCAUCUCUUGGUUCGAACCCGGAGAACCUCCUGCAAACCCCUCCGGUGGCCCCCCAGCCCCUGCCGCAGACACACUUCGGCACGACGACGCCCAAGCUGGUGAGGGAUCCCCAGGGCGAAGAAGCUCCAGAUCCGAACAAGGCGAAGCUCGGCAGAACCCUGCGAAUCCUCCAAGAACGAUUGCCGACGCUGCUACAAUCUCCGCUGCCCCAAGAAAUCCUAGCCCCAAACAUCAACCUCCAGCUCUUCCCCACGACACACCCCCAUCUGCCCACCGUUUCCGGCAAAGUCGCCUACAAUGCCGCCCUCUGGACGUCGCCAAUUGCCUGGAACCGCGUCCCCAUCAUCGGCAACGUCAAGCUCGAAAUCCUCGCAGAACGCAUGACAUCCGAACCGCUGACCUUCCUCCCGCGUCGGCCCGGCGCCAUACCCGAGCAGCUCGUCGUCCGCUGGUGUGAGAAGCGCCGGUCCAACGGAGAGACUCCUGAGCCCGGCGGAAUCGCGAGAUCCCUCUGGCGCGGGCGCGGCGUCGACCCUAACAAGGCCUUCACCGGGCUCUUCAUAUUCGACUUUGACGCCGAGGGCAGGGUCCUGACGCACACCAUCGAACAGGCGCAGGAGGGCGGCAAUUGGGAGAGGGGCAUGGGCGCCAAGUUUGUGGGCUUGACGGAUUGGCUUCUGGGCGGCAUGAGGCAUGGCAACGACAACCCAAUACCCAUGUUUGGGAGCUUGAAGAAGACGGCGACGACCACGUAA